UAUCAGGGGGUGGUGUCUGUCCGGCCUGUAUUAGAUCUUUGGGAGGCUGCAGGGGGAAAGCAGACAGCUCUCUCUCUGAGCAAUAGUCAAACGUUGACUCUCCCUCUCCCUCCUCCUCUUCCUCCUGCAAGCUUUGCUUUCUUUUGCCCCUGUACAUUUAGAUAUAUUUUUCUGCUUUAACUGGAAAGUUUGUCAUUACUUACUACUUUUUGCAUGCUCCCUUAUUUAACCUUGGCAGAGACUUUACUAUACACAGUAGAGCACAUAAAAAGCAGGCUAAAAAGAUUUUUCCCCUGUCUGCCCUUUUCCUCUAACUUAAAGGGCUAGUACAAGUAAUGCUCUACUUCAGCUUACCUAUUAAUGUAACAAGAAGACUGGAAAGCCUUUGUACUAAGGACCACGCUUUCUCCAAUAACUAGAACUAGAUAUAUUUGUUUGACAAGACUCGUCCCCUACUCAGGACGUUACCUUAGAUGUGAGUUAGAGGUAUCCUACAACACUUCCACUGAAACUCCUUUUCAUAGAAAAGAUUGGUCCUUAGGGACCUGAGCGGAGACCUUUAUAAAGCGUAGUAUAGUAGUACAAGGACAGGAGUGAGGGAGAAGGCUCAGAUGUGCUGCUGAGGAAAUCUGAGCCGGAUCUGUAGCAAAAAUAUAUAUUUGUGGACUUUAUUUUGUGGAGGAUUAGCUGUAGACGUUACCCGGACUCGUGAUGGUUCUCCUGUCACUGUACUUUGUAGUAGCCCUGGCUGUGAUAGAUUGCAAGACUUCAGCUGAACAAGCUGGCAAUGAAGGAAACACCCGAAUAGAUUUAAGCAGAACAAAACUAGGAGAAUAUGAACUAAUAACCCCAAUAAGCACUGAUGCAGAGGGACACCAUCUAUCCAAUGUUCUCUCCAUUAGUCAAAAAAGAAGACUAGCGAGAGACACAUCGCACAGUCGCCAACCUCUCUACUUCAAUGUGACAGCUUUUGGAAGAGAAUUUCAUCUCAGAUUAAAGCCAAACACUCGACUCAUUGCUCCAGGCGCUGUUGUAGAGUGGCAUGAAGACCCUGUGAAUGCUGACAACAUAAGCUAUGUUGGAAGUACGACCCAUAUUGCAAAUAGUACAGAGGAAGUCUGGAAAAAAGCACCUUUGUGGACUAAUUGUGCUUACGUGGGAGAAAUAACAGAUAUACCUGGAGCAUCUGUUGCAUUAAGCAACUGUGAUGGUCUGGCUGGAAUGAUCCGAACAAAAGAAGAUGAAUUUUUCAUCGAACCUCUGGAGAAAGGCAAACAAAAGGAGGAGGAAAAAGGAAGAAUACAUGUGAUAUACAAAAGAUCUACUGCAAAGAGAGCUUUUCCUGAAGAUGUCCCCAACAGAUCAGACUUUUCUGGCCUUGAAGAUUUGGACAGUGUUUACAGCAGCGUUGAGCGACAAGUCAAUGACACUCUGAGACAGCGCAGACACACAACUGACAAUGAUUACAACAUAGAAGUAUUGCUUGGGGUGGACGACUCUGUUGUCAGGUUCCAUGGUAAAGAGCAUGUUCAGAACUACCUCCUUACUCUCAUGAACAUAGUGAAUGAAAUUUACCAUGAUGACUCAAUUGGUGCCCACAUCAAUGUAGUUCUAGUUCGCAUGAUAAUGUUGGGCUAUGCAAAGUCUAUCAGUUUAAUUGAAAGGGGUAACCCAUCGAGAAGCCUUGACAAUGUGUGUCGCUGGGCAUACCAGCAGCAGAAAGCCGAUCCCAACCACACUGAACACCAUGAUCAUGCAAUUUUUUUGACAAGACAAGAUUUUGGACCUGCUGGAAUGCAAGGAUAUGCACCAGUGACUGGGAUGUGCCAUCCUGUAAGAAGCUGUACACUAAACCACGAGGAUGGCUUUUCAUCUGCCUUUGUGGUCGCUCAUGAAACUGGCCAUGUCCUAGGAAUGGAGCACGAUGGCCAAGGUAACAGGUGUGGAGAUGAAACAAGUAUGGGCAGUGUCAUGGCCCCGUUGGUACAGGCAGCGUUCCAUCGUUACCACUGGUCUCGGUGCAGUGGUCAGGAGCUAAAGAGGCACAUACAUCUGUAUGAUUGCCUCCUGGAUGACCCAUUUGAACAUGACUGGCCUAAACUCCCAGACCUCCCAGGAAUUAACUAUUCGAUGGAUGAACAGUGUCGAUUCGAUUUUGGUGUCGGCUACAAAAUGUGCACAGCUUUCCGGACAUUUGACCCUUGCAAACAAUUGUGGUGCAGCCAUCCUGAUAACCCAUACUUCUGUAAGACCAAGAAGGGUCCUCCUCUUGAUGGGACAGAAUGUGCUCCUGGAAAAUGGUGCUACAAGGGUCACUGUAUGUGGAGGACCACUAACCAAGUUAAACAAGAUGGUAACUGGGGAGCAUGGACAAAGUUUGGAUCUUGUUCAAGAACUUGCGGUAUUGGUGUGCGUUUUAGAACACGCCAAUGCAAUAAUCCAAUGCCAGUGAAUGGGGGCCAAGACUGCUCUGGACUAAAUUAUGAAUAUCAACUGUGCAGCACAGAAGAAUGCCCUAAACACUUUGAAGACUUCAGAGCACAACAGUGUCAGCAGAAAAACUCCCACUUCGAGUACCAGAAUUCCAAACAUCAUUGGCUGCCAUAUGAGCAUCCUGAUGCCAAUAAAAGAUGCCAGCUGUAUUGUCAGUCCAAACAAACUGGAGAUAUUGCAUCAAUGAAGCAACUGGCGCAUGAUGGAACACGCUGCUCAUACAAGGAUCCCUAUAGCAUUUGUGUGAGAGGAGAGUGUGUUAAAGUUGGCUGUGAUAAGGAGAUUGGUUCCAACAAGCUGGAAGAUAAGUGUGGAGUGUGCGGUGGGGACAACUCACACUGCCGCACUGUGAAGGGGACAUUUACUAGGACUCCGAAAAAACUUGGCUACCUAAAGAUGUUUGACAUCCCUCCUGGUGCUAGACAUGUGUUUAUCCAAGAAGACGAGGCUUCCCCUCAUAUUCUUGCCAUUAAAAAUCAGGCAACAGGACAUUAUAUUCUCAAUGGAAAAAGUGAAGAAGUCAAGUCACGCUCCUUUAUAGAUCUCGGUGUAGAGUGGGAGUACAUUAUUGAAGAUGAUAUUGAAACUGUGCACACAGAUGGACCGUUGCAUGAUGCAAUAGUGGUGCUGGUUAUUCCUCAGGAGAAUGACACCAAGUCCAGCUUAACAUAUAAAUACAUCAUUCAUGAAGACUCUUUGCCCUCGAUAAACAAUAACAAUGUGCUGCAGGAAGAACUGGAUACUUUUGAGUGGGCUUUAAAAAGUUGGUCUCAGUGCUCCAAGCCUUGUGGUGGAGGUUUUCAGUACACAAAAUAUGGCUGUCGAAGAAAAAGUGAUAACAAAAUGGUUCACCGCAGCUUCUGUGAAGCCAACAAGAAACCUAAGCCUAUACGCCGAAUGUGCAAUCUACAGGAGUGUACGCAGCCAGUCUGGAUAGCAGAUGACUGGGAACACUGCACAAAGAGCUGUGGAAGUUCUGGAUAUCAGAUUCGAAUAGUACGCUGCAUUCAGCCCCUCCAUGAUGGUACAAAUCGCUCAGUCCACAGCAAGUAUUGUAAUGGGGAGCGUCCUGAGAGUAGAAGAUCAUGCAAUCGAGCUCCCUGUCCGGCCCAGUGGAAGACAGGUGCCUGGUCUGAGUGUUCCGUGACCUGUGGUGAAGGUAUUGAAGUGAGACAAGUCCUGUGUCGGGCCGGUGAUCAGUGCGAUGGAGAGAAGCCAGAGUCUGUAAGAGAAUGUAAUUUGUCACCUUGCAAUGAUGAGCCCUGCCUCGGAGACAAGUCUAUAUUCUGCCAAAUGGAGGUACUUGCGCGGUACUGCUCAAUACCAGGGUACAAUAAGCUUUGCUGUGAGUCCUGUAGCAAACGUAGCACUCAGUCACCUCCAUUCCUUACUGAAGCAGCUGAAACUGAAGAGGAACUUACUUUCCAUCGUAGUGGCUUGUCAAGGGGUGUUAUGAAGCCGACAUCUUUAGCACCUGGUAUGGGGGAAACUGACUCUGAGACGAAAAAUAUAUUGAGCAUUCUUUCCUCCAUUGAAAAUAAUGCAGAUCUUGGCUUUGUGUCCCCACCAGAAAAUAAACCAAAGACAUCAGAUUCAGCAUUAAGAAGAUCUCAACUGGCAGCUAGCAAGACUUUUAAAAUUCUUGCUGUUCCGCCUCCUCCGACACAUAGCAGCAACGUCCAUGUACACAAACCUAUUCCAGUAGCAGUAAUGACGCCAAUGGUAGCUACAAACCACAACUCAACUGGUGCUCUUUCUUCAGCCAGAAGCUCAAAGAAAAGCGAUAAGCCUUCUGACAGAAGACGUUUUUUGCAGUCAUCCUCAAUAGAAAGAUGAAGUUAAUUAUUCAAGGACUGGGACAAAAAGACACUUUGGUGCAUUCUGCUCUUAUAACGUGCAAAGUGCUGGUUCACUUACUUACUCGUUUGAUUUUCCAACCAUCCUUUUACUUUAAUGUUAACUUGAAGUUAUUGAAGAAAAAUACCAAAGAUCACCGUUCAAGAAAAGAUUUGCUGAAUGUAGCUGGUCAUUGUAUAGUGCAUUCAGUGGCCCUUAACCAGUUUUGCACAUUAUUCAUUUUUGUGUUCUUUACCUAUAAAAAAAAACAGUCAGUGACUAUUCUUACUACCUUCAGUGAACAAUUUAGUCGGCUAUAACAAACACACAAUUCUUAUUUAGGUGUUCAUUUGUUGCAAAGUCAGUAUUAUUUUUCAUUGUUUUGUUCUAUCCACAUAUUGUUUACUGGUUCUGUGUUUUGGGUGCUAAUUACCUGUCGUUACAAACUGUCUUACAUACAUUCCUUGAGUUGAAUCUCAGUGCAGCAUAUUCAUAAUAGAAUUUUGCUCCAGUGGUUCUGUAUGACUUGCUAAUAUGACAGUGUAGCAUUUUACAUAAUUCUAAAGGGACAUGUAAGGGCCACCCUGGGAAAAUUUGUGUCCCGGUACUUGGGGGCAUGGCCAAUUAUGUGGGGUAUUACCAAGCCUCAUUUUGAAUACCAGGCCUGCUCUGUAGAUUUGCCACUGAAGGGGGUAUGGCCACACCAAAAUUGGGGCAUGGCUGUGACUCUUUGGCAGACCCGGGCUUAAAGACAAGCCCAACCCCAAUAUAGGCGGGUACUUAGAACUUCCCCCUCACAGUGCCCAUUGACAUGUAGAUGUUAUAAAACAGGCCUCAGAAAAACUACAAACAUCUGGUCGGCCAAGCAUGUCUAUUAAAACCACUUGGCUUAUUACACUACAUUUUGUAUUGUUAUCAGCAUUAAGGCAGUGUUCAUACAUACCGGAAUUAAAUCAGAUGGAAAGAAAACACUGUCUUUAGAAAAGAAAAACGAGUAGAGUCUAAAAAAUUAUCUUCCUAUGACAAUAUAUAGUAUACCAUUUGAUUGGUAUAUGUGCAUUGAGUAAUAGUUUAAUAGAAGUAACUCAUGGACCACCUCGUUAGAGGAAAUUAAAAUGUGUAGAUUUGGAAACAAGUAGCCACUAAUAAUCAAAUGACAAGAUUGAAUUGAGACAUGUUUAUUUUCUGCUGAAAGAUGUCUUCAGCUCUAAGCAGAACGAGAAACAAAUCAUUAGUUAUUGGUAGUCAUUUUUUAGGAUUUCAUUACUCGGAAUGGCGAUCCAAGACUAGAGAGAGAUAUUUAUUUUUACAUGUCACCUCACUUUUUCACAACCACAAUGCAUCUGACUGCAAUAAUGUACUUGCAAUUGGUCUCCAGGAUCAUUUUUUUCACCAAGAAGCCAGUCUCACUCUCUCAUGUAGCUGUAAAGUACUUGUACAUAGAAUAUAAAAGUGAAGAUAUUUAUUAAAAGGUGAUUUUCUUGAUAGACUUUAUUUACUGAGUAUUUACAAUUAUAGCAACCGCCAUUUUUUCUUGCCUUUAUAAAAUAGUUAGUAGGUAUGCAAUUUGCACGUCAAUCCUUUGCCUUUAUAGGUUAUAAGCUAAAACAAAAACUACUGCAUAAAAUAUGAAACUCAAAAUCAAUCAUUUGGCCAUGUCUGUUUUUCACUAAUAAAUUUGUGUUAGUUUAUAAAAUGUUGACAGACAAUCUUUUUUUUUAAGAAUUGUCCAUGAUAACACCAAAGAACGUUACACACACAAUGUGUAUAAUUAGGUUUAGUGAAGAUCUAAAAAAAAGAAAAGAAAAGAAAAUCAAAGACAGUAACUUUCAAAAUUAAAUGUUAAUGUAAUUAAACCGUAGAAUACAUUUUUUUUAAAAACGAGUGGGUUUUCCCAUGUAAUAAUUUUUAGCCAUUGUUGGAGUAGUGACUUGAUACAGAUAAAGACUUGAAGUGACAUCACUACAAAAUUAUGGAACGUUAAAACUAAAGUAGCUUUUUAUUAGAGUAUUCAGACAACCCCUAAAACACAAGCAGAUUUGUUUGUCUGAUUCCCAGGAUUCAGUUACAUAAUCAAAAUAUUUUCUUUUUUUUUAAUAUUAUUGUCUGGAUGUAGAUAUUCAUUAUGCUGUAUGUCGCUUUUGUUCAUCUUAGAGCUAUUUUCGUUACCUUUUUAAGUGUACACUACUGAUGCUGUUUGUUGUAUUGGGGAGCACUUAGCAAUAAAAAGCUUUUAACAUA